GUGCAAUUUUAUUCCCUAAUUUAGUAGGCAUUUCGACCACUCAACGCCGGAAGGCCGGAGACACCGUCAACAAUCAAGGUAGCAGUCACCUAGUACUAGUGCGCACUAAUACCUUCGGUUCGUUCGUACACAAUGCCGACGACACCCAUUGAAGUUCUGCGCGCAUCAGUCGAGGCUCAUAAUGCUACAUUUGAAGCUUUAUUGAACCUGAUACCCGCCAAAUACUAUCUGGCGAAAGAUGGCCAUGAUGCAGACGAUGCCGUUCCAUCCAAGUUCCAGAAACACAAAAAAAAUCAGAAGGCACCCAAACAAGCUGCGAAGGAGGCAUCAAAAAAGGCUCGCAGGGAUAAGCUUGACCCUGCCAAUCAAAAGUCGGUCAUCGACCUCCAGAAUGAAGCUGCCCUGGAACUGGAACAAAACAACUCGAAAGUCAAUGGAAAACGGAAAGCUGCGACGCUCGUACCUGGAUCUGACGAUGCUGACAACGACGACGACGAUGACGACAUGCAAGUCGAUGAUGUGGACCUCGACGAUGCUGUUGCGUCUGCUACACCUGCCUCCUUAGUGCCUAUGGCCAAACCAGAGAGCAUUGCCGCUCUUCGAGAUAAACUACAUCUGCGCAUGGCAGCUCUCCGGCGUGGUGGACAAGGUGGUGGAGAGCCAGGAGAUAGAGACGAGCUUUUGGAGGAACGGAGAAAGCAACGCGCCGCCCUCCGUGAAAAAAGACGGAAAGAAACAAGAGAAAGGCGCAAGGCAGAGGCUGAAGGUAAAAAAGGAAGCAAGAAGGAUUCAGCAACGAGGGGUCUUGCUGUCAAGAAUCAGCUACUUGUUCCGGACUUGCCGGUCGCUUCGAAAGGAACUGCGUCAUCUCGUCUUACCGAUGGUCCAUUGACCAAUGUGACUUUUUCUGCGGUGGCUGGGAGUUCGAGCAAAAAGGCCGCAUCACUCAAGACAUCUUCCAAUCCUAAUCAAGCUUUGUCGCAGCUCGCUGCGCGGAAGGAAAAAUUGGAUGCGAUGCCAGAAGAUAAACGCAAAUUUAUAGAAGACAAGACUCGUUGGGCCAAAGCGGAGGCGCGUGUUGAAGGUGUCAAGGUCAAGGACGAUGAAGUGCGCCUCAAGAAAGCAGUAAAACGUAAAGAAAAAGAGAAAACGAAGAGCAAGAAGUCCUGGGAGGAGAGGAAAGACCAACUUACGGCUUCCAUGGCUGCAAAGCAGAAGAAACGUUCAGAUAACAUCGCGAUGCGAAACGAGCGACGGAGCGAUAAAAGAAAAUCGUCGUCAUCAAAGGGGAAAACUAAAGCUCGACCUGGUUUUGAGGGGAAAUCUUUCCAUAAGGGUAAAGGGAAAACUUCGAACAAGCAUAAGUAGUGUAGGUACUAUAGCCUUGAUGUGUGUCUAGGGAUAACUUAUGUUGAUCUCGUCUCAAGUGGGUCAUGCAACUGGUGUUCCUACGGUCUGUGCGAGAGGUGGGUGCUCUAUCAUUCAUGCAUGCUUCAUAUGUGGUAGCGAAGAGCUACUGCUUGUCGAUUCAUUGGCACAAGCCAGAAUAUACUCUCUGACAACGAUGCAGUUCAGACCUGCCACCCUUGAUCUGAUUCAGAUCCCUAAGGCAGUUUACUCGACUCCAGAUGGUUCUUGUUUAAUUGCUGCUCACGUCCGUGGCUCUGACUUGAUGUUGACAGCCUAU